ACGCAACAUGAAACAUGCGUUUAGAAUGUGAACGUUCUCAAAUAUAAUACUGACAUCCCUUUCUGAGAUACACGAGUCCCCCCUACAGUGUAGUGGUGGUCUCGUCCAUUGACAGCGGAGCAGAGCUGUGUGUGUGGUGUCAGGUCUCUCGCUCAAUGAUGAGGUUUCAAGUGCGCCUUUGAGAUGUUAUGGAGUCUGUAGAAUAUUCUGCAAUUUAUAACUUUCUUGCUUCGCUUUUAUUAAAACAACAUUCUAACUUUUAGUCUACAGGAUCGACCGGUACGUGUAACCAUACCUUAUUUAGUUUUUGGUUUGUAUAUACAAGCUUCUGUUAGUUUUUUCAUGCAGCGAAAAUGUUGAAAGUUUGGUGAGGACACUCCUUCUUCAGGACCAGACGGACCAAGACUACAGCUGACAAAUUGCUGGACAUAUCAGUUCUGUUUCUUAGAGGAGCAGCAAGGACCUGGGAAUCGUCUGUGAGAGAGUUUCGUCAUGGGUAAACAGAACAGCAAGUUGCGACCCGAGGUCCUCAAUGACCUGCGGGAGAACACAGAGUUCACAGACCACGAGCUGCAGGAGUGGUACCGCGGCUUCCUGAAGGACUGCCCGUCUGGCCACCUAACGGUAGAGGAAUUCAAGAAGAUCUACGCCAAUUUCUUUCCCUACGGUGACGCUUCGAAGUUCGCGGAGCACGUCUUCCGCACCUUCGACACCAACGGCGACGCCACCAUCGACUUCCGGGAGUUCAUCAUCGCUCUGAGCGUGACCUCACGCGGAGGCCUAGAGCAGAAGCUCCGCUGGGCCUUCAGCAUGUACGAUCUGGACGGCAACGGAUACAUCAGCCGAGCUGAAAUGCUGGAGAUCGUACAGGCGAUUUAUAAAAUGGUGUCGUCUGUGAUGAAGAUGCCUGAGGAUGAGUCGACGCCGGAGAAACGCACAGAUAAGAUAUUCCGACAGAUGGAUACGGACAACGAUGGCAGACUGUCUCUGGAGGAAUUCAUCAAAGGUGCCAAGAGUGACCCUUCUAUUGUCAGACUAUUGCAGUCUGACCAAAGCACCUCUCGACAGUUAUAAAUACAGAUCUUAAAAGCAGCUGACAGGAAACCACUCACAUGCACACUGAAAAGGCAAAUUUUGCAAAGUUAGUUUGCGUUAUAAAUGAAAUUACGUGCGUUAAAAAAAAAAGUUUUUUGUUAAUGGGUGGUUACCUGUUUCAUCAGUAUUCCGGCCUGUUUUGGUCAUAAUAUCUAGGCCUGGUCAGAAUUCUAAAGAACCCUUGAAACAUUUGUCAGAAUUCAGAUAUUUAUAUUUUAAAACGUACUCUUCGGAUUAUUGGUUGCAUUACACUGCAUUGCAGAUUUUUAUCCACUCAAAUGCUCUCUAGAAUGAAUAUGUUAAAUUAUGAAGUGACUUCAUUAAGCGAUGACCUAUUUAGAAUUCUAUUUUCACGAUUGUUUGCAUUCCACUCAAAGCGGUAAAUGACUAGUCAGUACCACAUGCAAGUUCCUAGAGAUGAUGUUUUGUUUGUAAAUAUUCCAUUUGUUUUGCAUUCAUUCCAAAAAUCUGUCUCAGAUAUCUCCAGAGCACUAUUUGCAUGCUUUUAGCAUGUCUUAGUAUACAUAGUAUUCAUACUAGGUGAUUUUUGAUUUAAUGUCGGGUUUUAUACAUCAGGUGGUCUAGCUGCAUUCAGAGCGGCCUGCUAUCCUGCCAAUUGAAAAGUCAGACUGUGUGUUCUACUUGAUUUUAAAAGGAAAGUAUUGCUUCUUUAAGUGGGUAACAGAACAUGCCAAUAUUUUGGUGUUGUUUUCAACAUGGAUAAAAUAUGUUGCUCAAGCAUCAAAUUAGUGGGUUUGAAGGACCAUGUGACACUGAAGACUGGAGUAAUGGCCACUGAAAUUAUGCUUUGCCAUCACAGGUGAGAUAUUUUAAAAUAUAUUAAAAGAGAAAACAAUUAUUUAAAAAUGUUAAAAAGAUAUAUCACAAGAAUACUUGUUUUACCAUAUUUUCUUACCAUGGUUUCUUACUGAAACCAAACUUUUGAACAAAAAGUGGGGUUUCAUUUCCAUGUAUUUUGAGUUCAAAUGUAGCAUUUAGAUUUAAAAUUUUGAAUUUUUUUCUCAGGAGGUCAGAGAAUGAUUUGAAUUAUAAUGUGCAUUGAUAAACUCUUUUAAUGGGCAGUCGAAUCAUCCAUAAUUGUUUUCUGCAUUCAAGGUACCAAGCAUACAGUCAGACUUUUAACAGCCAUUUCUUCCCUGAAGGUAAAAAAACAGCAGCCAUCAGCCUUUAGGCUGCUCAUGAAUAUUUGAACGCUGUUGUGUGUGUGUGGACAUAUGGAGCAGAUAGAAUGGCAGACAGGUGGUUAGUUUCUAUUUGUCCUUUCACCAGUCCAGUGUCAACAUGUACAGUACAGAUGAUUUGGAUAAGUAACACUUCAUGUCAAAUAUAGUCUCUUCAAGCUCUUUGUUAAUGGAAACAUUGUUUUAUUGGAUAUUGCUCUUAAUUUGCUCUUUUGCAUGUGUGGUAUCUCAGUGCUCCCUUAGAAUUUUUUUUCUCUGUAAAAUGACUGUUGAAGUGAAAUGCCAAAACGAAUAUUUGUACUGGAUACAUAUUAUAUAUAUAGAUAUAUAGAUUUACGAGUCAUUUCUAAUUUUGUAUAGUGUUAAUUGUGCUGUAAGGAAUGACGGUUGACGAACGUUAAAUUGCAGCUGGGAAUGGGAUGUCCAGCCAUAUUUUUGUGAAGCCAAAGCAUCAGUGCGAAUCUAAAUGUUGUAUCUUUACAGUGUAUGUGUCUGCAUGAAUUCUCAAUAAACCACUGAUUCAUAGGCCA